UUAAACAUCGUAUGUAAGCAACAACACAGCCAUAACUUGUCAUUACAAAGUUAAGAAAUCAGCAAUGCUACUUCUUCUUUAUAUGUCAAUCAGUUUUAGCAAAAGUGAGGUGAUCAGAGAGAAAACUAUCCAAGGCUUUCAAUAGUAUAGAUCUCUUAGUGGAUGCCACUUUCAGCAAAUGGAUGAGUUGGAGGUAGGAGAAAAGGAGACAAGAAGCCAAAAGGUGCCUGUUCCGAGAGGUGUCCACGAAGGAGAAGUAUUUGAUGAUGACAGACACAGAACUAAAAAAGAAAGAAAAAGCAAAAGCCAAGUGAUUAGUAGGAGCAAUGCAAGUUUGGUAUUUUCCUUUAACCAAUUAGUAAAGCUACCAAGAUUCCUCAAUAGAGACCCCCCUCUCACAGCAAAGAAGAUACCAAGCUUCAUUAACCUUCAAGCUCCUCCACAAUGGCAAAAGCCCCUACCCUCAUUAGCUAAAAACCUACAACACAAUCCACAUAAUAUAGGAGCAACACAACAAUCCCCAAUUCCAAAUGCUGCAUCCACCCUCCAAUUCUAGAUGCCAAGGCUAAUUAGCAAUCAGGGUGAUCGCACCCAUCCACUAGUCUGGCUCGUGGCGAUCAUUCUUGCAAUCUUAGCAGUCGCAGUGAUCAUCACAGGCAUUGUGGUGUUUGUGGUCUACAUGGUCUACAAGCCAAAAAUGCCCUACAUACAGGUAACAUAUGCAAACCUCGACAAAAUUGAAUAUGAUCAAUCUGGCCUACUCAAUAUCCAAAUGACCCUCACGGUGUUGGCUGUUAACGACAAUGUUAAGGCCGAUGCAAGCUUCUAUGAUAUAAGCUUCGGCUUGGGGUUUCAGGGUGUAAAGUUAGCAGAGCUAAGGGCUGAUCCAUUUAAUGUGCCCAUGAAUAACUCGAUGCCACUGAACUAUAUUGUUCAAUCAUCGACGAUCCCCUUGGAUGAGGGAAGGAUGGAAUCGAUGGAUGCAGCAUUGAAGCAGGAAAAAGUGCCAUUUAUGCUUUAUGGGCAUGCGAGGACGAGGUGGAAGGUGGGUAUUUUCUUGUCCAUUAAGUUCUGGCAGCAUCUCUCUUGUAAGUUAGAGUUCAAUUGGCCUGGUGGAAGCAGUAUCGGAUUGGAUUGCAGCUCCAAUUCUGACUGAUUCUCACAUUCAGAGGUUCUCUUCUAGUCAUUUUACCAUUUUUUUUUUCUUUUUUGUUGAUUUUUCUUUUUCUGUUGAAGAUUUUUCUGGUAUGUACAAUCAACUCGUGGGUUCUCUUGGUUGGCUUCAUGAUUCAUUCAUUCAA